CUCAAUCAUGUUUCUUCCACUUUGAUUCUUAUCUACCUGGAUCACAAUCUUUAAUCAAAAGUAUCAUCAUUUAUAUACCUUCUAGUUAUAAUUUUCCAUCUGAUGAAGAUCACCAAUUAUACUCACUUGGGUCGUCUUCUUCUUCUUCUUCAUCGUCGUCGUUCUUGAUUUUUUUUUUCUCUUGGCAAUGGGAUCUACGAUCAACACAAAUCUCCGUCUCAUCGUCAUCGUCUUCUGCGUCGUCAUAUCUAAUUUAUUACAUUCGAUGGUUCACUGCGGCAACAACAACAUUGAUGAUUUGGAUGAUCUGAUCCGUUCGUACGCGGCUCGUGACACUACUACAAGAAGACAAACAGGCUCGUUAUACGCGAUCUCACUUCCCUCGAAUCUUUCCGACAUCAAAGCAUCGGUUGUUACGGUCCGAAACAGUAUGUUCUGGAGGAAAGGGACAAACUUUAGUGGCGUUUUGAUUCCUCCGAUGGUUAAAACGACGCCGUACGCUAAGAGAAUAGCUUUUGUCUACGAGAGUUUCGGUGAUCACUCUUCCUCGGUUUACUUCCGGUUAACUGAUAAUCACUCCUUUGUUUCUCCGGUUAUUGGAUUCACCGGUUACGACGCGACCAACACGAACGAUCUCAAAAAAUUGAAUCUUUCGAUCAAGAGAGACGACCCAAUCGUGAUCAAAUUCGAUCCUUACGCUUCCCGUGACCGUAGAAGAAUCAGAUGCAUAGCCUUUGGAGACAACGGUUUGUUUUCUAGUUUUAGCAAUACGAUACGAGACCACGAAUGUGCCACUACGAAUUCUCAUGGGCAUUACGCACUUGUUACUCUAAAACUGAAAACUAAAGCGAAACACGAACCGGAGUUGGUACGGAGGAAUUGGUGGUGGUUUGUUUUAACCGGGAUUGGAGUUUCGGUUAUAGCUGUUGCGAUGAUCGUUGUUGUGGUGAAGUUAGUGAAAAAGAAGAGGUUAAGGAAGAUGGAGAGAGAGUCGGAGAAGAGUGAGACUAUCGGAAAUGUUUGGAUUGGUCGGAGUAGAAUGCCGGCAGCGACGAUGGUGAGAACUCAACCGUGUUUGGAAUAUCAUGAAGAUCUUCCUUCCUCUUCUAAUAUACCUUGAACUCUUUUUUUUUUUUUUUUUUUGACUUUUGUAGUUUCUGGCUUCUGUACAGUGAGGAGGUUACAUUCAAGUUUGUUUAUUUUGAACUUCUUCCCGUUUUUCUAAUGCUUGAGUAAAUUGUU